ACAAAGCAAAUUUUUUGAGGUUAUGAAACCGUUGCUUUGGAAGAAAACCGUUAUUUCAAAUGUUAAGGAACGAAACCGGCUUUCGAGUGCAGAUCUUAUCAAUUAAAAUCCAGUUGAGGAAAAAUAGUUGUUUCAGAUUAAUUAACACUAUUUUAAUUGAUGUUUGAACUUUUCCGCGCAGGUGAAUUUUCGGAUUCGAUUUUUCCACGAACUGUCAAAAACGCUGAGCCAAUAAUCUCGCGGGAAAGCGUACAGCUGAGAGGAAGAAGAGCUGUGAUUGGUCCAGAGCAUUCCAAAGUUUUUCACGAUUUUUUUUCAUGUCCCCGAGAGAAAAUAGAUCAUCCGGAAAAUCCGCAUCGUCUCCGAAAAGCGGUGCACUAGCUCUAUGCAUAUGGAACGCACGCCAUUUCGCUCGGCAGCUAAAUUUUUUCGCAGGUAGCAGAGAUAAGUGAAAUAUUGUCUUCCCGGUCGCGCAGACAUCGAGCACGCAAUGCUACGAUAAAUUUUGCGUCGUAAGAAUUUUUCCGAGGCUGGAAAGCGGCCGAAAACGGUGUCGUGUGUCAGGUUAGCUUCGAGUGUAAAAGACUGCAGUACAUUUUCCAGGUUUUCCAGCCAGGGUUGGAAAUGGAUGUGAGCAAAGUGGAAGAGGAUAGUCUCCGAGGGGCUAAUGAUGGCGAUUGGAUUUGUAUUGAUACACAGUGUGCAAAUGUUAAUUUUGCGAGGAGAAGCUCCUGUAACAGAUGUGGCAAAGACAGAGGAGAGUGUCCAAAGAAGAAAAAACUUGGCCAAGAAAUAGGAAAAGCAGCUGCUGAAAAAAGUAGAGGUUUAUUCAGUGCGGAUGACUGGCAGUGCAGCAAAUGUGGGAAUGUAAAUUGGGCCCGAAGGCAGCAGUGCAACAUGUGCAAUGCUCCAAAGUUCGGGGAAGUUGAGGAAAGAACCGGAUAUGGUGGUGGCUACAACGACAGAGGAGUUGUUGAGUACAAAGAGCGACGAGAUGACGACGAUGACGAGUAUGACGAGUUUGGACGACGGAAGAAGAAGAGAAAAAUAGAAAACCGCUCGGAUGAUGACUCCAAGGAUUCCCGGUACAGUAGUCCACCUCGUGGCAAAUCCAAAAGUGUCGAGGAAAAGGAGGAAGAAGUCCCCAAGGACUUGGAACAAGAAGAGGAACCAAAUGAAGAGGAGGAGGAGGAAGAGGAUGAAGAAGAUGAUGAGGACGAUGGUGAUUUGUCCAAGUACGAUCUCAGUGAAUGGGAUGACAUCGUACCAGCGAAAAGUUCAAACGGCAGCACAGUCUCUUUGAAUGAUCGACGGUCAAGAAACGGAGAUGAUUGGCGCGAUUCGGGGACGUCGGGCCAAUGAAUUCUGAGCUGCAGUACAGAUGAGGCAGAAACACGAGUGCGUAAAGUGGGCCGAAGGGAGAGCAGCGCUGCUACCGUUAAUGUUCAUCCGGCACUUUUUUGGAUUAUCAGCUCCGAAGACUUAUACUC